ACGUACUCACAAAUGCCAGUCGCAGAAUCGCGUCGUUUUAUCGUCUUCGUUUCUCCGUGUGUGUGUAGUUUCUGUGCAGCUUUCUGCAAUUAAAUAUUUAUAUUAAUAUUGUUUUAAUAUAUAAAAUUAUUUUUCAACUAUAAGUGUGUAUCAAGUGUGCUCGAAUCUAAUCGGCCCUUCACACAUAAUAAAAAAAAAAAAGAAAAAGAAAUACGACAGGCAGCAGAGCAGCAGCAGCAACGAAGCAAACCAGUAAAAGAAGAAGAGAAAAGCAGUAGAAGAGAAAGAAGAAAAAAAAAAAAAAACCGGUGGUUAGCGCAUACUCUUGUCUGUGUCGUCGCUUCGUUCGGCCGUUCGUUCUAUUACGUGCGUGUGUUGGUGUUUUACAGUUUAUAAAUUAAAUAUAUUCUGGUGCUGCCAUAUCGAAAGAAAUUUGUAUUUAGAAUAAAUACAAAAAAUAAGAGGCAAAAGCUAAUACAAGUGUGCUUCAGUGUUAACUGCCAAUCGCCGGUCAGAAAAGCGAUCUUCAUCUGCCACUGCCUGCCAACGCAAAGUCCAAUUGUAAACACUUACCACAAACACCCACAAGUCCAAAAAACAAGCACAAAAAUGACGACCAGCAUUCCACAAGGUACACUUUUGGAUGUACUCAAGAAGAAAAUGCGUCAGACCAAAGAAGAAAUGGAAAAGUAUAAAGAUGAAUGCGAGGAAUUUCACAAGAGACUACAACUUGAAGUUGUUCGACGUGAAGAAGCUGAAUCUGAGGUUGCCGCAUUGAACCGUCGCAUUCAACUGCUCGAAGAAGACUUGGAACGCUCUGAGGAGCGUCUGGGUUCCGCCACAGCCAAGCUGUCGGAAGCCUCUCAGGCCGCCGAUGAGAGCGAACGGAUACGAAAAGCGCUUGAAAAUCGCACAAAUAUGGAAGACGACAAAGUAGCUCUAUUGGAGAACCAAUUAGCGCAAGCAAAAUUAAUUGCAGAAGAAGCUGAUAAGAAAUAUGAAGAGGUGGCCAGAAAAUUAGUGCUCAUGGAACAGGAUCUGGAACGUUCCGAGGAAAAAGUUGAGCUUAGCGAAAGCAAAAUUGUGGAGCUUGAGGAGGAGCUGCGCGUUGUGGGCAACAACUUGAAAUCCCUUGAGGUCUCUGAGGAGAAGGCCAACCAACGUGAGGAAGAGUACAAGAACCAAAUCAAGACCCUGAACACUCGUCUAAAGGAGGCUGAGGCACGCGCUGAAUUCGCUGAACGUUCCGUUCAGAAAUUGCAGAAGGAAGUCGACAGGCUCGAAGACGAGAUGAUCAACGAGAAAGAACACUAUGCGAUCAUUAAUGAUAGCUUGGACUUUACGUUCGUCGAGCUAAUGGGCAUGCCGCCGUUCUAUAACGAUCGCUACCCCAAGCCGCCCACGCCCGAGUUAACCGAAGAGGAGAUCGCUGCCAUUGCGGCGCAGCGGGAGGCAGCGGCUGCUGCCAAGGCAGCCAAGCUAGCUGCCGAAGGAGCGGCCGAGGGUGCAGGCGAAGGGGAGGGUGCAGAAAUCGAAGCUGCUGCAGCCGAUGGAGCCGCUGCAGACGAAGCAGCAGCUGUUGCCGAAGUUAUUGAGGAGCCAGUGAGAGUGCCCACACCACCACCGCCGCCGCCAUUUGAUUACAAUAUUGAUUUGCCGCCAGAGGGCGCUGAAGUGCCAUAUGUAAAGAAUUUCGAAGUGGGUGAUGCUCCUCCCGCAGCUCCUGCAGAUGCAGCACCGGCUGAGGGCGCUCCUGUAGAUGGCGUGCCUGCUGAAGCAGCUCCUGCGGAUGCAGCUCCUGCUGACGCAGCCCCUCCAGAUGCAGCUCCUGCUGAAGCAGCCCCUGCAGAGGCAGCUCCUCCAGCAGCCGAAGCAGCUCCUGCGGAAGCACCUGCUGCUGAAGCUCCUGCUGCUGAUGCACCAGCUGUUGAAGCGCCUCCUGCUUAAAUCGAAUCGAAUUUG